CAAAACAUCUCCGAACACACAAGGCCGUUCGCACGGCACCGGGCACGGUCUUCCACCACCUCUAAACCCUUUCGAAAGAAUCCCCAAAUCUCGCACACCCCGAAGCCUUCAAGACCCGAAACCCUAGCAUCUCGGCCACCGUCCCCCCCCCCCCCCCCCGCCCCCGCCCCAAAUGGCUCCAGGACUCCACCGCUUCACCGAUAUUGCCGGUGACGGCGCCCCCCGCCUCGACGCCGCAUCCGGCGAGGAGCUGGUCCGCGUGGACCGCGGGGCCUCCGUCGCUCUCGGCCGCCAAGCGCCGGAGCCCCCGGGAACUCUCUUCGUCACCACCAGGAGGGUGAUUUGGCUCAGCGAGGCGGAGAAGGGCAAGGCCUACGCGGUGGACUUCGUCGCCAUCUCGCUCCACGCUGUGUCGCGCGACCUCGAGGCGUACCCCUCGCCCUGCAUCUACACGCAGAUUGAGGCGGAAGUUGGCACUGAUGAGGCUGCUGCUGCUGAAUCAGAUUCUGAAGCAAGUGGUGAAUUAGAGCUAUCAAGAGUCUCUGAAAUGCGCAUUAUACUGGCAGACCCUGGUCAACUUGAUGCACUUUUUGAUGUCUUCUGCCAUUGUGCUGAACUGAAUCCUGAUCCUAAUGCUGAGCGCAAUGGGGGGAAUGGUUGGUUCCUUGGUGAAGAUAUGGCUGAUGGUGGCUGGGUUCAUGGCGAUGAUGACAUGGUUGAUGAAAAUGGCCCUGAGCCCGAAUUCUUCAAUGCCAACCCGAUAGGCCAAAAUGGUGGAUAUGACAUCAAUCGUUCGGUUUUUGAGCUUCAAAUCAAUGACCAGCGUUUUGAGGAUGCAGAGGAAGAGCAGGAGAGCCGUGAAAAUGGACAUUAGAAAAAGAAAUAUGUUCCUCGAGAGCACCAUGUGAUUUGUUUUGUUGAUUACUACCGAUGCUGCUUGGUUUGCUCAUACUGUUUCUACCACUCUUUCUCUUCCAUCUUUUUUCCUUCCACGAUGUUAUAGGAUUAACAUCUCUGGGCGACUUUGGAGAGUUGCAUCGACGGUAACUUCUGGUGAGAAAAAGGUCUUGCUGCUGGUCAAGAAUGUAACUUGUAGAUCAUGAUGGGGAAUCGAGUGAAAGUAGUUAAGUACUUUUGAUCUAACAAAUAGAAGGUGAAAUGGGGAAAGGAAAUAUAUUAUCUUUUCCCUUGUAUAUCAUGGCACAAUUAUGUUGCUCCUAUUUAGAAUCACUGAUCUAAAAGUCAAAUUGGGUGGGCAUGGAACGCAUUUUGCGCACCUUUUGGCCUCA